UGUCGUGGUGGCAAAAUUAUUUCGAUAUUAAAAAUAAUGUUGAUAAUUUUAAAAUAGCCUCAAAAUUUACGACAUGGGCGAUUGUAGCGUACAUUUUGAUACAUUUGAUUCACUGGAUUACCUUAUCCCCCCAGUGAAGAAGUCUAACGGGACUCAUGAAACAAAUUUGUUAUUUAGUCGAGAUUUUAAAGAGCAAACUGCAUGGCAAACUGAUAUUCGAUUAAUUAAAGAUUGUCAUAAGAAAAUAACAAGACAAAUUAGAUCAUCAACCAUAUCACACGAAUCAGAUAAACGGACUUGUUCUUCUGUUAUAUUAAACAAAACGACGGAGGAGUUGAUUCAUGAGCAGCACUCUCUUGUUAAUUCGAUUAAUAAGAGUUGUAAUACCAUUAAGUAUUUGUCAGUUAGUAAAGAACAUGGAAAAAAUUGUACAAUUGAAGAUAAACCUAUGAUAAAAGUAACCGUUAUACCAAAAGCAACUGAGACUCAGACAUCCAAAGUAUUUAACAAGUGUCGUGAAAGAACGACGAAAAAGCUUGAAAAUACAGUAUCAAAUCAAGAGAGUUCCAUUAAAAUUCAAAACGUUUAUGUCAUGGUAAAAGGAAAAAGACGUGAAAAAUUGUAUGCAUUAAAGUCGACCAAAAGUACGAAUUUAUCAAACAAAUUCUUUAAUACGAAAUAUGAAGAUAUUUCUACACAACAUAUUACGAAUUCUAAACGGUUAAUAAGCUCAUUAAAUAUGGAGAAAAAGAAUCAUAAUAAUAAAAAAACUGAGCCGAAUAAUCAUAAAUAUAGCAAUUUUGGUGGUGCUUGUCAAAAUAAUAAAAAUUAUGAAGAAUCUGAAAGUGUGAAUGCACAAAAAAGCAAAGUUACAAUAGUUGGCCAACUUGGAUUAACCCGAGAUGAUCAAUAUGUUUUAAAAUGCGCUGCGACAGUCAAUGAUAAGCCCAUCACAACAAAUUAUGUGCAACUGGUUAAUACCACGAAUAGAAAUCGUCCAAACAUCAACAGAAAUGCCCCAGCAUUCACUUCAAAAUUAAAAACAACUGGGUUUUCUUUAGAUGAUAACGAUGAAUAUAGGACACGUCACCAAGAUUCAAAUAUUCAAACUGAUCUAUGUUAUGCAUAUAAUUGCAUCAAUCUUGACCCAAAUCGUAAGGAACAUAGAAAUAUAGCACAAGCUACACAAGUAAAUUUUAACCAACUACCCAAAGGUUUCAAAAAUACAGUAGCUCAAUGCAAUUGCGACGUUGAAACCUCUGAAAAUAAUACUUUUAAUAUCCAACAUCAAGAUAACGUCCUUAAAGAUUGUAAAAGUCCACUAGUUAUUAUAUCCGUUUACCCAAGACCCUAUGAUAAAGAAGAUAGCCCAGUGAAAAUUAUUCAACCACCACCUUUACCACAAAAGAUAGCUAAAAAUUUUAAAUAUAUUGAAUCAAAAGCAACGAAGAGACAGCUAAGGGAUAAUGAGGUGUCUGUCAAUAACUCUGAACAUAGACCUCGGAGUAGAUCGCCUCCCCCAGCUAAAACCGUACCAAAUAAAUCUUUAAAUUUGAAAUAUAUUGAAUCAAACGCAAUGAAGAGACAGCUAAGGGAUAAUAAUGCGGUGUCUGUUAAUAACUCUGAACACAGGUCACCUCAGAGAAGAUCGCCUUCCCCAGCUGAAACUGUACCAAACAAAUCUUUAAAUUUGAAAUAUAUUGAAUCAAAAGCAAUGAAGAGACAGCCAAGGGAUGGUAAUGCGGUGUCUGUUAAUAACUCUGAACACUGGUCACCUCAGAGAAGAUCGCCUUCCCCAGCUGAAACUGUACCAAACAAAUCUUUAAAUUUGAAAUAUAUUAAAUCAAAAGCAAUGAAGAGACAUUUAAGGGAUAACAAUGCGGUGUCUGUUGAUAACUCUGAACACAGGUCACCUCGCAGUAGAUCCCCUUCCCCAGCUAAAACUGUACCAAAUAAAUCUUUAAUAGCUGAAACGGGUAAUCAUGUUUUAAGAAAAAAUAACAAUAUGAAUAAGGUUAGUCCCCAGCACAUACUUUCAACUCAAAAUAAAGACAGCAAAAAUAAAUCUAAGCACCGAGUAAAUAAUUUCAAAAAAGACGUAAGCUGUUAUUGCCCUUACUCUACAGGGUUAGGAAACCAAGAAUUUGCAAAUCUUGGACAUAAUUCUAAAGCCUGUGAUCCUAAAGAAACUGAAAAGAAAUAAGUAAAGCGAGCACUUGUAAACAAUUUUUUGAGAGGUGUCGGCAAAAUAGACCAACAUAACGCGGAAAUAAAACUUUUUGCCCCUAAGGUUGAUACGUCUAGGGUUGCAAUAAACAUUAACGGUGAUAGGGAACGAUACGAUGUUUUACUUGAGCAAAGUAAUUUUGACACUGGUCUGUCAGUGAGAAAAACCCUAAAAAUGCAGUCUCCGACACAUAGUACUGCGGAUGGAGUUGAUAUAAAUUCUACCGAAAACUUUUUGAUGUUAUCUGAGAAAAUUAAAAAUAUACCUACGUACUCAGGAGAGACGCAAAAAAUUUCCAAAGCUGUGCCAAAAGAAACAAGACUACAUGUCAGAGAUAGUUUAGAAAUUUGUCACAGUCGAGAAGGUCGAGCAGGUUCGCGUCCAAAGCUGACUCAAAUCAGAGGCAAAGAUAAUUCGUUCAUCAACUCAGAUUUCAUAGCUCCAGUCAAGCACUAUCGAGGUGAUGAUUGCUCAGUACCAGACCCAAAUGAGAGAGAUAAAGAAAUAAGAGAGCUAUUGGGUAUUGUACGUAAUACACGGAACCCGACGAAAGAUGGAAAUGCAAUGACCAAGGAUCAUACAGUCUUCUAUAGUCAUCACGAAAACCAAAGGAGAAAAUACUGUUGCUGUAGUAAAAAACGCAGUUCAAAAGGAAUAAUGACCAGAUAUAGCAUUUCUAAAUUACCAAAAGAAUGUUUAAGAAGAAAAAAAAGCAUUCAAGGAAUAUCAACAGCAUCGAAAACUCUAUCGAAAAAACGUGGAGUAAAAAAAACAGAGGAAAGAGGAACUCAGGCAUUGAACAAAAAGAAAGAAGUUUGUAAGGUAGCACCCAAAGCUUCUUCCGAUACACUGUCUGGUAAACUAUCGGCUAGCAACGAACGGCGUGUACUUGACAAACAAGAAAACAAUAAUUUAUCGAAGGAAGAUGUAACUGCACGCGCACCACAUAAAGAAUCUUUUACAGAACAGAAUGUAAUAUUGAAUCGCAAUGUACAAGUAUUUUUACAAAUAGAACAAUUUGCUAAGCAAAAGCCUAUUAUUCUAACUCGGAAACAAUACGAAAAGGUUAAAAAAACAAUACAAUGUACAAUUAACCAGCGUAAAUCUUGUAAUUUGAAAAAUUUCAAUGUUAUUUCUGUCGGUGAAAUAAAAGUUAAGCCAAUACUACAACAGAAUAAUUACAAAGCCCAAAAAAUAAAGACACACAAUACUAACCAAAACGAAUCUAAUCAAAAACAUUCCGAUAAAAUGAUUUUUAGUACCGAUAGCAACAAGGGUAGAAUGAUUUCUGGCGCUGAUAAAAAUAAUGAUAGAAGAAUUUCUACGGCUGAUAGAAACAAUAUAAACAAAGAUAUAUUGGAAAAACACAUAAAGCCAUUCGCAGCAACUCCUCGACAAACGGUAUCAUCUAUGGAAAUUCACUAUGCAAAUGUUGCAUACAUGAAAAAAAACACAGUUUCCUUCGCGCACUUUGGGGAUGGCUUGCAUAAUAAAAAUAAUAUUAAUGCUAAUGCUAAACCCAGUCCUUCUCUUCAUACUAUUUUUAAAGGUCAUAAGAAGUCUGCGACGCCAAACUUAGGAACGUCGGCGUAUUCUUUAUGUUCUGAUGCGAACGAUUCGGCCAAGUCAAUCCAAGCACCGCCUUACGCUGGCGAUUCUAAGCCUAAAAAACCAUUUCUUCGGAGGCUUUUGUCGUGUUUAGUGAUGCGAUCGACGGAAACCACGGUUUUGAAAGAAAUGCCAGACCAAAAACUGCAGAGUGUAAAUAGCUCAGUCGAUUCCUAUCACAUAAGCACUUCCCUUGGUGUAAGUUUUUUAUUUCUAUCACCAUCAGCUAAAGUUGAGGGACAAAAAAUCCACCGUUGGGUGGCACCCACUUUAAUGGAGUUAAAGCGUCGUGAAGAUAAACAGGGUGGUAAAGUAACGAACCCAAGAAACACAUUCUUAGAGUGGAACUUAGAAGCAGAGCUUUACGCUUUCGGAAAACGUCUGAAUGAAGAAUUCGACUCGGAUCUUCUACUUCAAGCCUUUACCGACCGAUCUUAUGUAAUCAAGGAGGAAAUGAAGCAAAAAGAAAUGGAAUUUGAUUUAAAAAUGAAAGACAACAGAGAAUUAGCUGAAGAAGGAAGAAAAUUCAUGGAACAAUAUAUUCAGCUUUAUUUAGAGACUGUGUUGCCAAAGUUUCCCAAGGAAGGCAUAGCUGGUGUUUGUAGUCAUCUGAAUAGUGAGAAAAUUCUAGCAAACGUGGCUUUGAAACUUGGCACAAAGGAUAUCAUUUUAGCUGAUGAAUAUCCAGUAGACAACUCAAUAUUAGCAAAUACCUUUAGAGCUAUUGUUGGAGCUUUACUACGUUCCUCCAGUGAAGAGCAAGCUGCACAUUUUGUGAGGGACUUUGUUAUUACAAAUUUACAAGGGCAAGAUGUAAAUGAAUUCUGGUAUAUAGAAGACCCUUGGACAAUGUUGACUGAUCUGAUAGCUAAAACUGGCAGUGAAUUGGAACCGAGGUUGAUUGGAGAAGUUGGCAAAAACACACUACUAGCUUGCUACAGAGUUGGUCUAUACUUGGACAAGAAAAUGUUGUCAUCAGGGUUUGGUGAAACAGUGGCAACAGCUAAGGAAAUGGCUGCCAGAGAAGCUUUAAAGAAAAUAUUCGGCACAGAAGAAAAUAUGUAUCCGAUUAAUUUCAAGCUAAAUGGAAUACCUAAAUCAAGUUCAAAUUCAAGAUAUCAAGUGUCUGCAAGUUGAAAAUUUAUUAAAAAACAGUGUAGUUUAAGGAUUAUCAUGAUAAUAAAUAUGUUUUAAGUAAA